AUGGAAAGAGUAUUUUCAAACUCGUCCGACUUCUCUGGAUGUACAAACUGCUCUGACGACCACUCUCAAAUACAAUGGACGUUGACAUUCACCUCAGUAAUAACCUUAUCUAUGAUCGGCAUCGCUGGCGCCAUUGUUGGAACGCUAGGAAAUGGCCUUGUCUUACUGGCCAUCACAAGGAACGUCAAAUUUCGUUCCGUUCCAGACUUCUUGAUCUUGAGCCUUUCGACAGCUGACUUAAUAGUAUCAUCAAUAUAUAUGCCUUUUCAUGUAAAAAAUACAAUUUGCUAUCCAGCUCUGAAAAACAAUGCUACAUACAUCAUGAUAAUGAAAUUCGUAGGCAAGUUAGCCUUGCUUGCUUCCAUCGUCAAUGUGGUUGGAAUUACAAUAGAUCGUCUAACAGCAAUCCGGUGGCCAUUACGUUACCACAAACUAAUGACCAAGACGUUUGCUCUUUCUUACAUAUCUGUCGCCUGGUUGACAUCUGCGAUCAUUGCUGCUGUCUAUUCAUUUGCAGAAACCAAGCAAGAAAUUUUCUUGUGGAUUUAUUGCAUGGCACUGCUUUUAGCUACGAUUUUCAUGUACUCAUAUAUUUUAAGGGUCGCACAUGCGCAGCGUAUUAGAAUUGUGGCGAUGUUACAUCGAGACAACGAAGAGAGAUUUAGCAAGCAAACUCCUGAUUGCUUAGAAGAUAAAGCAGCGAAGACAUUAAAGGAAAGCAAAGCUGCCAAAACAUUUGCAAUUGUGGUUGGUGCCUUUGUAGUGACAUGGAUUCCGCUCAUAUUCUACUCAGCAAUUGCUCCAUGGUCCGAAAGUUGGUACUACGAAGGCUUCGAAUGGGCCAAAACUUUCUCAUUAUGGAACUCCUUCUUAAAUCCUUACAUUUACUUUGCCAGAAGCAGGCGAUAUAGGCAAACGGCCUUGCAAAUGCUA